ACAUUAUAAAGACAUUAGCUGUCCAGUUGUGGCAUUACUUCACAAGCCUGUCAACUAGCAACAUUUAACAAUGCUCAAGUAUCUUCCAAUACUUUUUAUUGUUUGGUAUCAAACGCAAGGACGUUCAUUUGAUGUAAGAGCUGACACUCAGAUCGAUCCAAAAUCGCUAACACCAAAUGAAGAAGAGGAACUCAAUAAGAAGCAUGUAGUUGUUAUGAACGGACAUAAUAAUUAUCAAGUGGGUCAGCAAAUAUUUUAUAUAUACAAUGAAGAACCAUCAAAACACGCAACAAAAAAUAAGGCAAAAUUGAACGGCUACGUUGUCACACCUGGAAUAAGUGCGCACAAGCUUCAUCCACGCAAACUCACGUGGAACAAAGCUCGCCAAGCUUGUGACCAGGAAGGAGGUCAUUUGGCGAUUAUCAAUUCGGAAUCGGAGGAGAAGGUCCUUUUGCGUAUGCUAGAAGAGAAAACCAUCGACCAGGCUUGGCUUGGGCUCCAUGAUUAUUUUGAAGAGGGUGAUUGGGUUACUGUUAAGGGCGAGGCCUUAGAAAAUACUGGGUUUACGAGAUGGAAUACUAAAUGGCCAAACGAACCCGAUAAUUACGGUGGUAAUCAAAAUUGCGGGGGUCUCAUUGUGGAAGGUGGAAUGGACGACAUCAAUUGUAGUUUAUUACAUUCUUUCUUCUGUGAGAUCCCUCUGUAACAUUAUAUCGCGUUAGAGAGAUCUAUUAACGUGAUAGAUAAAUGAAAUUUAGAAUUAAAUUUAAGAUUAAAGAAAUGGAAUUGAGUGGAUAACUCUUUAACCUGUUUCAAAUUUGAAAAAAAAUGAAAACCUAAUUUUUACCUCCAUUUUUGGAGGAAUGUAACUCUACAGGGUAAGAUAUAGUAUAUGUUUAUAUGAAAGAUCCUCCUUAAUUUUCAACAGAGAA